AUGGCGUCGUGCGGGGCGCGGCCUCUGCUGCUGCUCGUGCUGCUGGCGGGCGCGGCGCGGGCCGGCCUCUACUUCCGCCCCGGCCAGAGCUGCUACCGCGCGCGGACCGGGGACUCGCUGGCGCAGGGCCGCAGAACCUACCCCCGACCUCAUGAGUACCUGUCCCCGUCUGACCUGCCCCAGGAAUGGGACUGGCGGAACGUGAAGGGCGUCAACUAUGCCAGCAUCACCAGGAAUCAGCACAUCCCCCAGUACUGCGGCUCCUGCUGGGCCCACGGUACCACCAGUGCCAUGGCAGACCGCAUCAACAUCAAGAGAAAGGGGGCUUGGCCGUCCACACUGCUGUCUGUGCAGAACGUCAUUGACUGCGGCGAGGCGGGCUCCUGCGAGGGCGGCAAUGACCUGGAGGUGUGGGCCUAUGCCCACCAGCAUGGCAUUCCCGACGAGACCUGCAACAACUACCAGGCCAAGGACCAGGAGUGUGACAAGUUUAACCAGUGUGGCACCUGCACGGAAUUCAAGGUGUGCCACGUCAUCCAGAACUACACCCUCUGGAAGGUUGGCGAUUAUGGCCCGGUCUCCGGACGGGAGAAGAUGAUGGCGGAGAUCUAUGCCAACGGCCCCAUCAGCUGCGGGAUCAUGGCGACAGAGGGCAUGGACAAGUACAGGGGCGGCAUCUAUGCGGAAUACAGUGACGAGGCCUCCAUAAACCACAUCGUCUCGGUGGCUGGCUGGGGCGUCAGCGACGGCAUCGAGUACUGGAUUGUCCGCAACUCCUGGGGGGAGCCGUGGGGUGAGAGAGGUUGGAUGAGGAUUGUCACCAGUACCUACAAAGACGGGCAGGGUGACAAGUACAACCUGGCCAUAGAGCAGGCCUGCACCUUCGGGGACCCCAUCGUGUAA